AAUAAUGUUGACCAUUUUAGAAAAAUUUGACAUUUUUGGAGUUCCUAUAAAAUUGAAAACAAUAAAACAAUAAGAAUAGUUUAAGACUUCUUAGAGUGGAGUGAUAGCGAUUAUUAUUAUGAUACUAAGUUUAGCAUAUUUCAUAUAUGUGAUAUAAUUAUGGAUAAAUGGAAAAUUAAUUCCAAAAGUUACAAGUUCCCAAAGAAUGAUAGAAUACACUACUUAUGAAUGGGAAAAAAGUGAGAUUUCUUUCACUCUUUACGAUUUAAGCUCAGAUAUAAAUCCGUUCACAUUAGAAAACAACAUUAUCAUGCCAGUAUUGGUUGAGAUAUCUGGAUUAUUUGUGGCUGCUAAACCUAGAAUAUUAUAUAGCACACUAUAAGUAGAUGGUGAUAAGAAUGUUGUUACAAUAGAUAAAGGGAAAUUAGUUUUAAGUUAAGUAGAUGGAACAAAAGAAGAAGAUUAGGAAGACAUAAAGUAAUAUUUUAUAUUUUUUACAAAAUGUCGUCCUGAUUGGAUAGAUGAAGGAGGAUAUUGUGCUGAUCAAUAAACUAUUGAUGAAUACUUCAGCAUAAAUCAUGGAUUACUAUUUUUAUCCAUUAAUCUAUAAUAAUAUAAUUAUGAAACUUUAGAAUUUGAUGAAAUUAAAAAAACUUAAUUCUUCGCUUUUGAAGAGAGCAGCCCUUUUUAUUCUUAAGUAAUUUUAUAAAAAUAAUAAACAACUAUUGAUAAUGGAGUAUUGUUAAGUAACCUAGAGUCAUUUGAGGUAAUAAAAGAUUAUGAAGUAAAUACAUAAUCAGUGUCAAUCAAAUUUGCAUAGAAUACAAUUAAGACAAAAGAAAAUACUAAAUUUGAAUUUGAUUCGCUAUGUACAUUUGUUUUUAGAAUUGACAAUAUAGAAACAAAUGAAACUAUACUUAUGCCCAAAUUGGGAGAAGUGUUGGCACAAAUAGGUUCUAUAGUAAAUAUGAUAAUGUUAUUGAAAAUACUAUCUAAUAUGAUUAACACAACCAUGUUAGAGAGUUCAAUAUUACAUUAAAUAAUUGAAAUUUAUUAUCCAUAAUUUAAGCAAGUUGAAAUUAAAAAAAACUUUUUUGGAUAGGUAAAAUAAGUUCAUUAUAAAGGAGUAGAAAUAAAAUUAAGUAUGUUUUAAUAUAAAUACAAUUAAUUAAUUGAAUUAGCAAGAACAAAAUUCACUUUUAAUAAUUUAAUUUAAGAGUUAUCUCGAGUUUAAUUAGUAUUAAUAAAUUAGAUAGGAAUGGAGAAUAUUAAAAAUAUAUUUAAGAUAGAAGAGGAUUUAAAAUUCUUUGAUCAUGAUACCCCAAAUUCUAAUUGUUAGAUUUAAAAUUUAGCUUCCAUAUCACCGGAAGAGUCUCCUUAGAAAUCUGAUUUUGAAAGAUUUGGAUUGUUUAAUUCAGAGAUUUGA